CACAACAUUACGUGUUAAUUUGCGAGUUGUCAUUAGUUAGUGCACAUGCGCAGGUUGCAUGGGACUCGAAUUUGAAAUUGUCUGUUACGAAAAAAAGGUGUAAAAGGUUAUGUCGGUUUGUGUUGUUUUUAAAUCGUGUCGGGGAUUGUGUAGUGCGUAUUGUUACGUUACCGAAAAAUUACAUUUUGUUUGUUGUGCCCACUGUAAUCUUAGAAUGAGUAAAAAAUUAAAAUUUGAUACUCUUUCAUCAUCGAGAUCUCUACGAUCUGGAGAUAAAGCCGGCAGUACAGAUUCGUCGAGCACAACAUCCAAAUAUUUUGACGAUGAUAGCGUUUCGCCGAAGAAAACGGAGAAAAAGAAGCGUGCGCCGAUAAAAAUAAAAUACGAAGAAACAGAAAAUGUGAACGACGCAAAGAUUUCUAAAGUAAAAACUGAAGAUGAGAUUGAAACAGGAGGGAAUAAUUGGAUGCCACCAAACUGGGAAACUGUCCUGGAAAAUAUUAAAGAAAUGAGAAAAUACGGAACAGCGCCCGUAGACGAAAUGGGUUGUCACAAGUGUGCCGAUCCCAAAGCUUCCGCCAAAGUCACCAGGUUUCAAUCGUUAAUUGCAUUGAUGCUUAGCAGCCAGACCAAGGAUCAAGUUACUCACGCAGCUAUGCAGAGAUUAAACAGCCACGGAUGUACUCCAGAAACAAUAGCAGGUACUCCCGACGAUACUCUUGGAAAGCUUAUAUAUCCGGUCGGAUUUUGGAAGAGGAAAAUGGAAUACAUCAAAAGAACAUCGGUAAUUUUAAUAGACAAAUAUGACGGUGACAUUCCUAAAACUUUAAAGGAAUUGUGCGACUUGCCGGGCGUGGGACCAAAAAUGGCUCAUAUUUGUAUGCAAAUAGCGUGGGGCGAAGUUUCAGGUAUCGGCGUGGAUACACACGUGCAUCGUAUCUCUAACAGAUUGAAAUGGGUAGAGAAGCCAACAAAGACACCGGAAGGAACAAGAAUUGCGUUAGAAAAGUGGCUUCCAAAAGAUCUUUGGAAAGAGGUAAAUCAUUUGUUAGUUGGGUUUGGGCAAGAAAUUUGCUUACCACGAUUUCCUAAAUGCGGCGAAUGCUUGAAUAAAGAUAUAUGUCCAUUCGUUGGGAACGGUGGAAUGCAAAAGAAGAGAUAA